GGCGCAGGGUGAGUCCAGGCAAGGGGGAGCUAAGCCGCUCCGCGGGGCUCCCGUUGCGGGGCCGGGUGGUGCGGAGCUGGCGAGAGGGAGGCCGCGGUGCGUGUGGACAGGAGCGUGGGCGGGGCUAGGGAGAGGCCGGGGCGCGGGGUUACUGGGUCCCCCUGUUCAGAGCGGGGCUGGGUGGCACAGUAGCUACAACGCCAGCGGCCGUGGGCGCCUUGCUGGGGGGGGGCUCUCGCCCGUGGAGCUGAGCCUGGGCGAGCGACGGCGGGAAACUGGAGGGGAAGUUUGUUUCCAGGGACUUCUAUAAUCCAGGAAUGUUACUGAUGAAAUGACAUUGCAGGAGGUUAUUGCUGCACUGCAUUUCUUGGAUGAAAGCCAAACAGUUACUUUCUGUAGAGUGGGUAAAAUCCCCUAAUUGCAUAUUUACAUGUGUAGAUCACUGCGUUACUGUGUUAGUCACUGUCUCUAUGCAGCAAUGACAAGGCUGGAAGAAGCAAAUAGAGAAGUGAACAUGCAUUCAUCGGUCCGAUACCUUGGCUAUUUAGCCAGGAUCAGCAUAUUGGUUGCUAUAUGUCUGGGCCUUUAUGUCAGGUGGGAGAAGACUGCAGAUGCACUAAUACUGGUAAUAUUUAUCCUGGGACUUUUUGUUCUUGGAAUUGCCAGCAUACUUUAUUAUUAUUUUUCAAUGGAAGCAGCAAGUUUGAGUCUCUCCAAUCUUUGGUUUGGAUUCUUGCUUGGCCUCCUCUGUUUUCUUGAUAAUUCCUCUUUUAAAAAUGAUGUGAAAGAAGAAACAACCAAAUACUUGCUCCUUGCCUCCAUAGUUAUAAGGAUAUUGUGUGCUUUGGUGGAGAGGAUUUGCGGCUGUGUCCAUCAUCGACCAACUCUGCUGACAACAGUUGAAUUUCUGGAGCUGGUUGGAUUUGCAAUUGCCAGCACAACUAUGCUGGUUGAAAAAUCCAUGAGUAUCAUCUUGUUGGUUGUGGCUUUGGCCAUGCUGAUUAUUGAUUUGCGGAUGAAGUCUUUCUUGGCAGUUCCAAAUUUGGCAAUUUUUGGAGCUCUGGCAUCUUUAUUGUUUUUUCCUUCCCUGAACAUUCCCACAAACCCAUUUGCCUUGGGCUGUUUCUUUAGUUGCCUGAUUUCAGACCCUCUUCUUGAUGUCUAUUUCAGCGGACUUUCAGUUACUGAACGAUGGAAGCCCUACUUGUACCGUGGUAGAAUUUGCAGAAGGCUUUCAGUCAUCUCUGUUGGAGUAAUUGAACUUAUCUUUUUCAUUCUAGCAGCAUUUAAAUUAGGUGACUUGGGUCUCUGGUAUUUUGUUAUACCUGGUUUUUCCAUUUUUGGAAUUUUCUGGAUGAUCUGCCACAUUAUUUUUCUUAUAACUCUUUGGGGGUUUCAUACAAAAUUAAAUGACUGCCACAAAGUCUAUUAUACCCACAGGACAGAGAAUAAUAGCCUUGACCGAGUCAUGGCUUCUAAAGGAAUGCGUCAUUUUUGUUUAAUUUCAGAGCAGCUAGUAUUUUUCAGUCUCCUUGCAACUGCAGUUUUGGGUGCAGUAACUUGGCAGCCAAAGAAUGGGAUCUUCAUGAGUGUGUUUCUGAUUGUUUUACCUCUGGAGUCCAUGGCUCAUGGGCUUUUCCAUGAACUGGGGAACUGCUUGGGAGGAACAUGUGUUGGAUAUGCUGUUGUGAUUCCCACCAAUUUCUGCAGUCCUGAUGGUCAACCCACGCUUCUUCCACCUGAGCAUGUGCAAGAGUUAAAUUUGAGGUCUACAGGCAUGCUCAAUACCAUCCAGAGGUUUUUUGCAUAUCACAUGAUUGAAACAUAUGGCUGUGACUAUUCUACAAGUGGACUUUCUUUUGAUACACUUCAUUCUAAGCUGAAAUCUUUUCUUGAACUUCGGACUGCAGAUGGACCCAGACAUGAUACCUAUGUUUUAUAUUAUAGUGGUCACUCCCAUGGCACUGGUGAAUGGGCACUAGCAGGUGGCGAUGCAUUACGGCUUGACACGCUUUUGGAAUGGUGGAGAGAGAAGAAUGGUUCUUUUUGUUCGCGACUUAUAAUUGUGUUAGACUGUGAGAACUCCCAGCCUUGGGUUAAAGAAGUAAGAAAAGUAAAUGAUCUAUAUAUUGCAGUACAAGGAGCAGAAUUUGCCAGAGUGGUAGACAUUGAGGAAGCAGACCCUCCGCAACUUGGUGACUUUACCAGAGAAUGGGUUGAAUACAAUUGUAACCCUGACAAUAGCAUCAGCUGGUCUGAAAAGGGCCGUGCGGUGAAAGCAGUGUACGGUGUGUCAAAACGCUGGAGUGACUAUACUCUACAUUUGCCAACAGGAUGUGAUGUUGCCAAACACUGGAUGAUGUACUUCCCUCGUGUUACCUAUCCAUUGGUGCAUUUGGCAAACUGGUUUUGUGGUCUCAAUCUGUUCUGGGUCUGUAAGGCUUGUUUUAGAUGCUUGAAAAGAUUUAAAAUGAAUUGGUUUCUUCCCACAGUGCUGGACACAGGACAAGGCUUCAAACUUGUCAAAUCAUAAUUAAAAACCAAAGAUGAGUAGAAGUGGGAGCUCUGGGAACUUUCCCACUCUCAAAUUUGAUUGACUUGCAAUUUUUUAUAUGUAACAGUUUUCUCUGUUGAAGAAAUCUUGCUACUUCAGUAGCUUUACUCACUGUGUUCAUCUUUUUGAGCAAUUACAGUAUAUGCAAAGGGUUGGAAGCUUCAUUCUAAAAUGAGGAGGAUAGGAUUAUACUUUUUGAAUUUUGUUACUGAGUUGUAUAUAAACAUGUGAAAGAUUUAUUAAAUAUGACCAUGCACUUUGGAGACAGAAAGCUGCCUGUGUUCAGAACCAAGAAAUUACAGGCUUUAAUAAGCUAUGGCUCAUAUGAUGAUACAUGGCAAUUAUAUCCCUCUCAAACGUCAAAUACAGGAAAGGAAACAAGCCAGUGUUCAAAUCAUUUUAUUAUGCCCUCACACUUCUAUGAUGGGUUUCAGAGUAUUAUAGAACAACACAGAGUCAAAAAAUAGAAAAACUCAAGAAGCACUGUAGGUAGGUAGCUGCAAGGAUAUUUAAAUUAAUUUACAUUAGCAUUCUCAGUCCCUGCCUGCGAUCCACAUUGACAACAAUAGGAGUUGCCCACACAGAGUGAGGGAAUGAAAUGGAUCUUUGUUAGAACAUUUUGUGGUUCCAGCCAUGUUCUUGUUGACAGCCAACAAAGAGAGGUUUUCAAAUGUGAUUUUUAAAAUGUUCAAUAUUUUUUCAAAAUAAAUUCAGUCUCUCAGGUGACAUUUUCUUUUAAAAAAGUUAAUAGGUAUAAGGCAUAAUAAAUGUGCUAAAGGUUUUGUGUGUGUGUGUGUACGCGUGCGUGUGCAGUUGGGGGCGGGAGGGAUGGGCUAUUCCAUCAGAUCUCCUGGACUUCCAUCAGUUUGGCUUUUGAAUUAUUCCCUCUGCAGAAAAACUCAAAAUAAAAGAAGCUGCUUAGAAAGAAAUUAUGCAAAGUUUACAUAAAGAAACUAUGUAUGAAUAACAAAAUGGGAAGUUCAGAGGUAACCUUUCCCCCAGGUUUCUUAUCUGAAAUCUCUGCUGUGCCUAGGACCCCAGUCCUGUGGACUGGUGAGUAUAGGAUUGGAUCCAGGGGGGUGAUUAUCUCUUUUUUUUUUUUUUUUUUUUUUUUUUUAAACUGAAACCAGACAGUUUGACAGGGAGAGUUGGGUUUUCCCUUUGUUGGGGAAAUUAGUCCUCUCCGCCCUGAGUAUCUCUCUUUGGAAGACCGGUCAGCACUGCUCCUUCAGUCAGAGAUGUUUGUCAGUUUAUAUGAGGUAACACUCCCUCCAAAGGCAGAACUCUCUGGCUCCACAGUACUCUUAGCCUUUGUGCACCUGAAGUGCAGGAAACCAAGAGUGGUAGGCUGCUGGGUGGAUCCACUUAAAAUUGUUUCAGAAUAAGUGUGUGUGUGAAUAAUUUAUAAGAUUUUGGAUUUACAUCAUUCGUUCACCAGCAUUUUAGUAAAAAUGCAAGUCAUUUUAUAAAUGAGACAUUAGCUGAAGAAGUUGCCUGAAAUGUAGCUGUGGUUUAAACAUCUGAAAAACAAUGUUAUGAGCUCUGUAACUCUUUGACUUCUGAGGGCUCGUAGCCUGCUGGGUUUUUUAACGUAAUGAUCAACUCAUUUAGAUAAUCUGCCAAUCCUGGUACAUAUUAAUUUGUAAACCCUACAAGAGAGGAAAUAUUCUAGUAGUAGUUGUUGGGCACGCCAGUAACCCCAAUAACUCAUUGUUCCUUCAAACUGUCAAUUCCAAUGAGUUAAAUUCACUGGCAAGUUAGGGCUCCUUCCCUAAAUUUUGUUUAUUAUCCUGUGUUGUGCAAGUUAGUUUAGCAAGAAAAUCAGCAUUCCCGCCCUGCCGCAAAAAGGGGGGGGGGGAGUUAAGGUGGGUGAGAGACAAAUCAAAUCAUAUAAACUGUUAAGUUUCAUUCCAUUCAACCAUCUCAAAAUAAUAACUGAGCUAAUGGUAACUAAGAGAAAGCAAUACAGGAACAGAGAACACUGUGUCCCAAAAAAGGGAAGCACUGUCUUGAUCUUACAGGGCAGGUCUACAAAAGUAUUUUUCAGCUAUUUCUGAGUGACAAACCUUGGGUCUGGAUGGGAGGGAUCUUCAAACAGACAGUUGUUAUUCUUGGUAAAAUGAUCAUUAUUUUGGCUUCAGUUUUGGUAACAGUUAAUUUAGUUGCAGUAAUAGAAUGCUCCAUCUAGAUGGCUCAUAGUACCCAGACAAAUCUGUGUGUAAUGUAAUGUAAAUAUGUAAUGACAGAUUUAACUUGUUAACUAUGUCUCUUUAAAGCCCCAUUAUUAGGACAUAGUAGUUACAACACAAACUUUUACAAGUCAAAAAAUUAGAACAUUGUAAUUCAAGGAAACGUAAACAUGAAUCUGCAAAUACUGUUGAUUUCAUCACCAGCCUUAAGUCCUCCCCUUGCUUAUUCACUAUGGACUGGUGGGCGAUCCUUUACUCUCUAGUUGCAACUGGAGAAAUCUUGUGUUUAUAUGAACUACAUCAGUAUAUUCUGCUGUUGUACAAUGAUAUAACUGGCUUUCAUCCUUGUAGCCAGUAAUGGUUGCAGAGAGAGCCCAUCAUUGGAGAGUUUAUUAGAGGUCUAUGGCCUAUAUGUUGUGAGAAGAUAUAGAAAUGGUGAUAUUUUGUCCGCAUAUGAAAGUGUGAGAUCUCUGACCUAUGCUGGAAGUGUGAAUGGCCUAGUGUGGGGAAACCUGCCCAUAAUAUAAUCAUGGGCAGGGGCAGAGGGUAAUAUGUCAAAUAAUGUCUGCUGUGGCAUGUAUGUGGAAGGCAAGGAAGGGGCUGAUCCUACAGCCUCUACUUAGUGGAUUUGUUUACAGUUUAUGUACUGGCCUGCUGCGUUAUCUCUAGGAUAGUGGGGAUCGUCUUUAGCCUUUAGUUGAGAGAUGGAUGGGGGAUAUUGCUAUUGAUUAAGAAGGCAGAGGUAAAGUUGGUAUUUGGAAACUUAAAUGAGUAUCUCUAGAUUUUCCCAUGUAUUUAUUUAACUACAACAUUCUGAUUUCCUGAGUUCAAAUACUUGUGUUUUAACCUGAACUCAAAAGUCGCUCACUUUCAGACUUUUAAGAAUAACAAUAGUAUUCUAAUAAUACUAUUUUAGAUGUAAAGAUCUGUUUAUAGCUAUACUAACUGGACUUUUUGUCUGGAAUCUUCCUUUCCCAUUGUCCAAAAGAACAUGCUGUCCAUCUGUUUUUAAUCAAAAAAAGAACCACAGGGGUUGGGAGCCUACAGAACUCAAACACAUUAAUUCUGAGUGGCACUAACUUCCAUGCUCCAUUGUCUAGCAGCACGAAUGACUGCAGAAUUCCAUACUUCUGUGGCUAGCUCUCUGUAUAGGUGCCACAAGAUCAGCAGGGAUGCAGCUUGAAUUCUCUAGAGGUGUUGUGGCAUCCACACAAUUACAGGGCCAUGCCCCAACUUCAUGUGGCUGCAAACCCCUCUGGAGUGGGUAAUGCAUCAGAAACCUUAUGCCUAAGGUUGGUCAGGAUUGGACAGACUAUUUAACGGUAUCUCAAGUUACUGAUUUUGUUGACAGAUACUGGAGCAUAGACGACAUGGUGACACUCCUGUGGAACUGUGACCUGCCUAAUGUUAAGCAGAAGUGAUUUUAGGAACAUUUGCAGUUGCAAGCUCCAGCCCUGCUCCAAGGUCCAUGCAGGCAGACCUCAUUGAGACUCACUGACUUCAAUGGAACUCUGCCUAAAUUGAUCCUGGUGUAGGGUUUGGGCCAUAUUUGAAUCUCAGUGCCAUAAGGUGCUAUUUAAAUCUGAUUCCAAAGAGUAUCUAAUUUGAGCAAAAGCUUAGGAAUGAGCAGUAUGGCGUCAGCAGGUGACUCAAGAUUUGAACUUAUUUUGCAGGUACUUGACUUCUGCACUGUACAUUUAGCCACUCAUUCAAAAGGUGUGUAUUUUUACCACAGCUGUGAGCUCACUUUAUAUUGGCUUGGUUUACAUUUCAGUUACCUCGUUUACAGGGCACGCUUUGCUGAAACAUACAGCUGCACUGAUUCCUGAAAACAAUUGUCUUGAAAUGGACUGCAUCUUGAAAAUGUACAGUGAUGUUUUUCUCUGACUAAACACAGGACGAAUCCAUUUCCUUUUUAAAAAUGUUUGCACUAUCACUUCUGUAUCUCCACCUUUUUGUUUGUGCUUUGGGAGUUUGGGUUUUGUUGUCUUGUCUUUAGCUAAAACAUUUCCUAGGAUUUUUUUUUAACUUAUAAAUUCUUCUUCCCUUCAGUUCGCAAGGUGAUAAUCUAACAGGGUGAUACACUUGAGUUGUUAGAUGGCAUUUUCAGUUUGAUGCCUGCGCUGGAUAGUGUAAUUGGAUGAAAUUCCUUGUUUAUAAAUGAUGAUAGAAUUUUUGUUUGGGGAGAUUUUUUUCAUAUUUGGUUUUAGAUUCUGUAAAUGAAAUCUGUGUUGUAAUAUUAUUGCUCAAAUAUAUUUUGCUGUUUUGGA